UAUUGGUAAUCUGAGGUGUUAAAAGUUCACUGAAGCAGUUUUUUUAAGAUAGUUAAUUUGACCAGGUUUUCCCUUACAUAAACAUGUCUGUAAACACAUCAACAGGCGAAGACCAUUCACAGGGUGAUCAUCCAGAUGCUGAACUAAGCGGGACUGCAGACAUAUCAGCUGGGGAGGAGAGUUCAAAUAGUCAUUCAAAGAGAGAGUCGCAAUGUUCAAGUGAUCAUCCAGAUGCUAAACAAACCAGGCUUGCAGACACAUCAACAGGCGAAGACAGUUCACAGAGUGACCAUCCAGAUGCUGAACGAAGCAGGAUUGCAGCCCAAACUACUGUGAAGGACAUGAAUAGAGGACAGGAGCUGGAUCAAUAUGAAGAUCACGAUACUUGGUUGAAGAUGGUCAAACAGGACUGGUACUCCUUCCAACGCCUGAAGGAGGCACAGACAGAUCAGCAACGAAAGCGACUGAAUAUGUUUGUUGCACGGUUCCAGGACCAGUUUCCUGUACAGUAUCAGUGUGAUGGCUGUGGUGUAAUACUGUCAGACAUCCGAUACCGCUGCCUUAACUGCAUUGAUGUUGACUUCUGUUAUGACUGUUACACGAAAAGGGUAAAAGCAGAGGGUCACACAGAAAAUCACGAAGUUAUUGAAAUGAGGUUAGUGCUAGAAUAAACAGCUGUUUAGUCGUCUACAAACUGUUAAUUUUUAACCUCUUAAAAAAGUGAUAAUAAUUAAAUUGAACAAUUCAUUGUGACAGAAUGUGCAAGGGAAGCCAUAAGUUUCACUUGAUUACCUUAAAAUCCUUGUAUGUCACACCAUGUGCCAUAUUCAUUGUGUUCAGUCAUAGUUGCUUUCUGUUUAUGUUGUUUUUACUUUUAAGAAAACAAACUAAGCUGUUUCAUUCACCUCGUCAACUUUCAAUUAAAAGAGUUCGCCGGUUCAAAUAUAGCAGGCUUAAUAGGACACCGAAAUCAUCUUAGCAGUAAGCAGACGUAAGUGGCAAACGUAAUUUGUAAAUUAUUGCAUUUGUGGUCAAAUUAUUGUCUUAAACUACACACUACCAGCUGAAGUGGACACCAAAAACCCAAAAUUUAGACCCCUAAGCGAGAUGAUGAGCAUCCCUGUCUCUUUCAAAAGGCAGUUCCUCUCCACCCCGAGCUCACGGUAAUGUCACGCAAUACGCAGCUAAGAAUUCAUAUUUCUGAUGUUUAAAGGAGCUCGAUUACGCGGUGAGACUAUUUACCAAGGUUAUUUACUUUGCAAUCAUAUCUGUCAAAAUUCAAUUACUUUUCAAUGCCACCCAAAAAGAAACAUUUCGCACAAUGGGAUAUGAUUUACAACAUAAGAUGACGGACCAUUAUUUUUUUCAAAGGGGGUGGGGGGCUGGGAGUUUUCUGGGGCCUGAAAAUUUUUUUCGCACCUUUAGGUUUUGCAUGACUUUUUGGUGGGCAAUAGGUUGUGCAAGACUAAAGAAUCGAAACAAUGAUAGUAAGAGCACUUGCUCGAUUUUUUUCUUCAUGAUGGGUAUCGAACGGCCCCUUUCAAUUUGAAAGUGCUUGCAAAAUUUUGGCCUUUGCUUGAACUGCUCACAAAAAUUAGAUGAGUGCCCGCUUGCUCGAGCUCGCAUGAUUGGAUUGUAGUUAAAAUUCUCUGCCGUGUAGCGGAAGCAUAAUUUGCAUCACGACAACAAAAAUUGACUCUGGAAACAGUGUUUCCCGUAUGGCAAACUGGGAAACAUUGGGGAAACAUGCACGCGCCAUGAAUGUUUCUAGAAAAAUGCUUCCUCGUUUUCGUGACGUUUUAUUGAAACUGACCGGCCAAUUUUGCUUGUAAACGCCGGUUAUCUUUAACCCUCUUGGUAGAGACCCUACUUGCUUGUAAGCAGUCCCUUAGAAAGCUUCAGAUCUCCUUUAGCGUCCACCCACAGACUCACAUGAAGCUAAGUAAGGUAAUUUUGCAUCAGACGGCGUAUCAAACAAGGCAUAAGUAAACAAUAGCCUCCAUUUGGCGCGAAAAUAUGCUCGGAUAUUUGUCCGCGGACAUUAUCUGUU